UAUAGAACCCGGAAAUACAAUCUCUGCAUGGUGACGAGAUGUUUCAAAGGGAGAAGGCUCGAGUACAUUAGAGAUAAAUGAAAAUGUGCAUUUUUCGUCGCUUAAAUUAUUUUGAACCUCAGUGUCUGAAUUUUUGAAGUCGUUGACGUGAAUCUCAGUCGUCGGUGUGGCGCCAACAGCAGCGUUUGUAUUAAUUUAUGGACAAAGACAAGUGUAGCGACGUUCAUGGUCAGUGCUCCUGGAUGGAGAUGCAUCAGUUCAUUGGUGACCUUAUCACGUCUGGAAACACUUUGAAGGAUCAGCCAAAUGUUCUAGAUGCAGUAUGGGGUCUGGCUGCUGGUAGCACUACAGCUCUUGCAUUCAAAGGUGCUUCUCUUCAGCAACCUCCACCAAGCCAGGACAAGGCAGAGGCAAGCCAACACAGCCAGCCCCGGGCAGCACAGAGAAAAGGAGAGACUGGGGAGGGAAGAGAAGAUGUGCAUCAUGCCUGCACCUGCCCUGGCUGCCCUUACUCCACCUCUUCACUUUCCUUUGAGACUUUAAAACCCACACAAUCCUUAUCAUCACCACACUCAAAUGCAGUCUGCCACUCCAAAGGCCUUUGCAGUAUUGCCCCAGGGACCCUUAACGUGGGCUUAUUGGACACCUCUGAACCAAGCAGCACUACCUCAUCUGAGCAAGUGACCAGGCCGUCCAGCAGACUGCAGAGGGAGGAUGCAGACAGGGGGGCUCGAAGCCCAGAGCAGAACUCAGAAACUCCUCCUUCCAGAGUGUCCCACCUCUCAAUGUUUCCCUGCUUCUGUUGCCACCACAGCCUCCAAACCUGCACCCAGAUACUGAGCCACCAAGAAGGCACAGAUUCCCCAUUUUCUCAUGCUCAUCAUCAUUUUCAUCACCACCACUGCCCAAUAAGAUCUUGUUUUUCCUGCCCUCAGCUUGCCCACUCUCACUCCCCACAGCUCUCUGGUUCCUGCUUAUCUUGCCAGCAGUCCUUUCCAAGCUGUUCUCAUGUCUGCCACCACCAGCACAGACCAGCACAGCAAGAAGAGGACAGAGGCAGGACAGCAAUGAGCCUCUUGUUGCUGCACCCUUGUAUGCAUUGCUCUGCCUCUUUUUCCAGACCGUCACAGCUGCUGCAACACCAGCGCUCUGAGCAUGCACACAAACCAUCUGGCUUCCUCUGUACAGAGUGCGGCAGGGCCUUCAACUCGCACAGCAACCUCCGCAUCCACCUCAAUGUGCACACUGGUGCCCGGCCCUACUCCUGCUCUGACUGUGGCAAGAGUUUUAGCCAGUCAGGGGCUCUGAAGAUCCACAGACGGAUUCACACUGGUGAAAGACCAUAUUCCUGUGGCUUCUGUGGCAGAGGGUUUCCACAUCUGGCAGGGGUCCGGGCACACCAGAGGACACACACAGGGGAGAAGCCCUACUGCUGCAGCCAGUGUGGAAAAUGCUUCACACAGUCAGGAGCUCUGAAGAUCCACACUCGCAUCCACACAGGAGAGAGGCCUUUUACCUGCAGCCUCUGUGAGAAAGGCUUCUCCAACCGUUCUGGAAUCCGUUUCCACUACCGCACAGUCCAUGGACUGGCUCCUGAACAUGCUGGGGAAGCUGGAGCUGGGGUUGUAUAUCGUAGACCAGCAGGUCGUAGUUAUCUACCUGGUCGUCCCAGGACUUUUCCACCUGCCAGCACUGAUCUGAAUAACAGCCCAGACAGCAACUCAAACACAGCUCCAAAUUCCAGAGAUUCUCCGGCAUUGACUGCAGCUCAGUCCGAGAGAAGAAACCCAGGCAGUAACAUAGAGGGGCUGCUAUAUGCAUGUGAGGACUGUGGCCUGCGUUUUAAAGAUGCCCCAUCCAGGAACAGACACCAGACUUUGGUGCACUACUCCUCUGAGGGGAGAGAGGAAGAGGAGGAGGAGGGGGGGUGUCCAAGGAAGGAGGUAAACAUAAACAGGAAGGUCCAGGAUAACAGUAGGGAAUGAACUAUUGCUGUUGGUGCCUUCCAACAGGCUCAACAUCACAUUGAAACUGCAGAGUAAUUAUUGUAAAAAUUAUGAGUGGGGAAUAUAGAUGAAUCUUUUUUCAGUUUGGAAAGUUUUUGAUAUUGCAGUACUUGUGUUCAAGCUACUGUAUAGACUGAAGUUUUCAAGGCUUUAAAAGAUCAUAGAGAGAUCCUGUAUAGCAUAUACUGUAUGCAGAACUCAAUUCAGUCCAGUGUUUCUAGAUGGCAUGUUUGAACUAUGUUUUCUUUAAGUAUGCAGGUAGAAAUUGAUGUGUCAGACUUUGUACCAUUAGGAUGUCUUCCACCUAUGAAAAUAUUAAGAUUUUCACAGUCUAAGGCACGUCAUUAUCUCUGACGUCAGUCGAGAAUACACGUCCACAAACCUGCUUAGAAAUCUGAAAAACAAUGCUUUAGAAUUUAUCAGGUUUUUAAGUUUUCUCCAGUACACAGAGAUAGUUGCCUAUUGAAACAAACAGGAAUGUUAAUGACAGUAGGCUAAAGUAUACUUGUAUUGUGUGGCAUUCAUGCGGAUGGCAAAGUAAGAAUUUCAUUGUACAGGGAAACACGUUUCCUAACUGAGCAUAUGACAAACGCUUUGACCUUGACCUAAAAUCAGGGCUGAAGCUGUAUCCCACAGCAUAACUCACUCAAUCCAUGGCCACAUUGUGCUUCUCAUUUCUCGCUAAAGGUUACAUCUGUUAUAAGUCAAGAAUUUUUAUGUUUAAUUUAACAUUGUCCAAACAAUGUUGUAGAAAAAUUAAUGUAAUCAUUUUAGAAACAGCUUCAGAUGUAGUUGAGGACCCUUAUUAUACAAAAUGCCUUAUUAACAGGAAAAAAGCAUAAUUUAUCUUAAAUGGGAAAAAAAAAUCCCCUUUGUAUUUUCCUUCUAAGGUGAUCAAUGUGAACAACAGCAAUGUCCUGUCAGUUUAAGUUAUUUAGUCAUUUUAUCUGUUUAUGAUCCAGUGGACUUUACACAGCACAAAAAGCACCAUAAGGAAUAGAGUUAAUUUUACUUAAUUCUUUAAGUGUUUCUGACCUUUGGGACAGUUGCUGUACAGUGACACAGCCAAAGCCCACGAACAAGAAGGCCAGUGUUUAUGUUUUGUAGUAUUUUGAACCCCUCAAAGGGAAACGUCUCACUUUGCCAGACAGGGGGGUUGAGUUCUAUGUAUCUUACUGUGCUCGACACUGCAACAGGUUUAAUCGCAGGUGCUUUGGUCCAUGUGAAGUCCUCCAGCAUAAUCACAACACCACCUUGCCUGUUGUGCCUUUGUUAUACUAUAAUUCAGGCAUUUACCAACCAGUAUCCAACUGUUACUUUACUCUGUAUGUCAGGAACAGAUGAUAAUUAUCUGAGGAAUCAGAAGCAGCAGACAGAUACUUACAGUCCAUUACUAUUAG